CGGGUGAGAAGGAGGCGGUCCAGGGUUUUUACUCUGCUGCUGCAGCCUCAGAGGCUCCGGCACCAGCCUGCGAUCACCAUCCGGGCGGGACAUGGCGCCGUGGGGCCCGGGCGGCAUCAGGACGGGCUUCCGAAGGGUUUUGUACUGGGUGCCCGUGCUUUUCAUCACCCUAAUCGUGGCUUGGUCCUACUACGCGUAUGUGAUUCAGCUCUGCGUAGAGUCUAUCGAGAAUCUCGGGGAAAAGGUGGGCUGCCUGCUGACCUACCACGUAGUCCUGGUCAUGUUCGUCUGGGCGUACUGGAGGACCAUCUUCACCAACCCCAUGACACCGCUGAAGGAGUUCCACCUGUCCCACGCUGACAGGGAGCUCCUGGAGCGGGAGGACCGGGCUGUGUCCACGCAGGAGCUCCUGCGAAGGAUCGCCAAAGAUCUGCCCAUCUACACCAGGACGCCAUCUGGAGCCAUUCGUUACUGCGAUAGAUGCCAGCUAGUGAAGCCAGAUCGAUGCCACCACUGCUCCGUCUGUGACAAGUGCAUCCUGAAGAUGGAUCACCACUGUCCCUGGGUCAAUAACUGCGUGGGUUUCUCCAACUACAAGUUCUUCCUGCUUUUUCUGGCCUACUCACUCCUCUACUGUGUCUUCAUCACCGCCACAGACAUGCAGUACUUCAUCAAGUUCUGGACUAACAGCCUGCCAGAGAGCCAGGCCAAGUUCCACAUCAUGUUCCUGUUCUUCACGGCGGCCAUGUUCUCCAUCAGCUUGUCCUCGCUGCUCGGCUACCACUGCUGGCUGGUGUGUAGGAACCGCUCCACCCUGGAGGCGUUCCGGCCUCCGGUGUUUCACCACGGACCCAACAAGAAUGGUUUCAGUCUAGGAGUCAGCAAGAACAUCUGCCAGGUCUUUGGAGAUGAGAGGAGGUACUGGCCGCUACCCAUCUUCUCCAGCCUUGGUGAUGGCUGCUCCUUCCCGACCUGCCUGGUCACCCAGGAUCCUGAGCUGUCAUCCUCCCCGGCUGCUCCACACCAACCCAGCAUGCGGCCUGGCAGGACCCGCCCCUUUCCCACCAAGCCGCUGCGGGAGUCGCAAACAUGGCUGAUGGGGGGUGAGCCUGCCUGGGACGCGGGUGAAGGCCAGAGGAGCUCGAGUGACAGGGGAGAAGCAAGCCUUCCUACGGUGGUGACCGAGGAUGAGGCCUAGGCCAAACAAGGGGCUCUCAGACCCAGGAGUGCAGGGUUGGAGAACACUGGAGAAGAACCAGCCAACCAGAAGGAGUCUCCUAUUGACCCGCACUGACUUGACGCCUGCACCAAUGAGAGCAUGUUGUCGUUGUUUUGGUGACAACUCAAGAAGCUCAUUCGAUCUUUUUUCCUUCCUUCCUCUCCAGUACCACAGACUGGCUGUUGUGGAUCACAUGGAGUCAGGAAGCGUAUGUGCUCAUGUGUGUUUGCUUAUUUUUGGCUUGACCCACGAUGGUCUGGCUACACAUAGUGGGCAGGCAGGUGGAAUGACUGCUUCCAGGUCUUGGAAAUUGCUUGGACUUCAGGAUGCUGUGAGGAUGCAAGAAGCCCUGGAGACGGGUCUGAUGAUAAUGUGUUUUUAAACCGCGAAAGUAUGUCACACUAACAUGUGUAACAUCCUGGGUUUCGCAAGUUUACCCAUAAACUGCUUUCAAAAAGCUUCAGUUGCCUGUGACAGCAAUUACUUGCUGAACCAAUCUUUAUUUGACAUUUAUUUCACUCCUAGUACUAUAACAUAAUUGUCAGAGUGCUGGACCGCAAUAAGAGAGUCAAUCAAGUAUAACAAAAAGAGGUUGCAUUUUGCUUCAAUACGAUUUUAUUAUAAGUCUGCGCACAGACACGUUUCGGCAUAAUGCCUUCUUCAGUGACUAACUCAGAUAAACACUGCGGAGUAUUAAGGCGUGCAAAGUCAUGUUAUAUAUGGGAGUUAUUCACCAGGCAGGACAGGUUAUUAACACCUAAGAACUUGUCAUAUUUCCUCCCGAGCAGCCUUUCAGGCUUUUGGACCAAGUUUAUGCAAUAAUAUACUGCUGCAGACUCUUAACACCACUCUUAAGCUCUACCACUCUCAGGCCUGCAACCCUCAGGCCCUGCUGCUCAAAGCCCCAUCGCUCUCAGGCCUGCAACCCUCAGGCCCCACUGCUCUCAGGCCCUGCUGCUCAAAGCCCCACCGCUCUCAGGUCUGCAACCCUCAGGCCCUGCUGCUCAAAGCCCCAUCGCUCUCAGGCCUGCAACCCGAAGGCCCUGUUGCUCAAAGCCCCAUCGCUCUCAGGUCUGCAACCCUCAGGCCCUGCUGUUAUAUGGCCCCACCGCUCUCAGGCCCUGCUGUUAUAUGGCCCCACCGCUCUCAGGCCCUGCUGUUAUAUGGCCCCACCGCUCUCAGGCCCUGCUGUUAUAUGGCCCCACCGCUCUCAGGCCCUGCUGUUAUAUGGCCCCAUCGCUCUCAGGCCUGCAACCCUCAGGCCCCACCGCUCUCAGGCCCUGCUGUUAUAUGGCCCCACCGCUCUCAGGCCUGCAACCCUCAGGCCCCACCGCUCUCAGGCCCUGCUGUUAUAUGGCCCCAUCGCUCUCAGGCCUGCAACCCUCAGGCCCCACCGCUCUCAGGCCCUGCUGUUAUAUGGCCCCACCGCUCUCAGGCCCUGCCCUUCUCAGGCCCCGUCCUUCUCAGGCCAUUUCUGGUUGGGUUGACACAUGCACAAUGAACAAAGAAGCAUGUACUUUAUCAGUUUCACAAGUUUUCAAUGUGUAGUUUAUCGGUGUGACAUGUUUGACAAAAAAAGGUACCAUUUUACAAUAAGGCUCCCUUUUGCCACUUGUAAAUGGUAGUAAAAAGAAACUUGUUUAAAAUUGUCUAUUAAUUUACAAAAUGUUACAACAUAAUUAAUAACCAGAUUAUAAACCAUUCAUAAACUCUUUAUAUGGGUAGCCUUUUUGUAAAGUGGCACCAAAAAAAGUCCUAUUCAUAUAUUUCUUCCACGAUCUAUGUUUCAUAAUGGUCAAUGUAUUUUAAAUCUAAACGUUCAAUAUAUAAUUUUACAGUUUGAAAUUUUA